GAGUUGAACGUGCACAUACGGUUAGUCAUCGUCUGUCCAAUGUCUGUAGGUUGCAGAACGUGAUAUAGUUAUCGGUCAUACACAAAGCAUAAUUUUUUUUUGGGAUAAAAAUAAACUCAUCUUGUCGGAGGCGCAACGUGCGCUGAUGAUUACGUGUGUGAAGGAUCUUAUCACAAGCUGUAAAUGUGUGUGCAGGAAGAAGAUCGGGUGUAGUGUUGCGUGAAAUGACGCAACCCAGGGUCGAUUGUAGCUUUCCGAUGUAUGGUUUCAAUUUUGAUGAAAGGCUACCAUAGCCGGUAAAGGUCAGAUGAAGUUGAAGAGGAAUGUCCUGGUGCUGUUGAUAAAUUCUCUUCCUCGUUUAAUUUACUUAAUCAACCAGAUUUGGUUACGUAGCCGGUUUUACGAAGUUCGGGAUUGUUGCGUAUACAUGGAUAUAUUUUAUGGAUUACUUAACGAAAUUAAUUUUUUCUCCUACCACCACCACGUAAUAGUGGUCGAAUGAGUCUCUAACAAUAAAAUCAAUCUCAAAUUUACCAAAAAAAAAAUCAUGAAAAUGCAUCCUUCGGUAUUUAAUUAUAUUUUUCGUUUUGUUGAUAAAAACUAACGGACAAUUUAUAUUCACUAUCUGCUCUGUAACUUUUGGCAACAGAGGACGCUAAAUUGUGUGGUGGAAUUUAACCUCGAUCAGUGGUACUGGUAUUUCCCGGAAUACUGGAUAUCUCAUUUACCCCGAACAGCGUUUAUGCGGAUAUUUAAACCAUAGCACAAUAAAUUAUAGCGCCAUAAAUUAUAGCACAUAAGAAAAUAGGAGCGGAGCGAUUCCUGUCCACAAUGUUCCAAUGAAGUUUAUAAUCCGAUUUCAUGCCCAUCACUACAAGACUUGUUUUGACGUUUAGAUCGUAAACAGACGAACUUCGUCAGCUUGUUAAAAUAUGGGAAAAACUGUGAUUUGUUGAUAGCACUCAUUACUUUCCCGAUGGAACGUAUUGAUACCGAAGUAAUUGUUUCAUCCUUCAGCUCAGGUGUGACAGUUUUACAGUAUUUAUUGCAGAAUGAAUCUACUGGAUCGAUUGGAGACGGGUUGUCUGCAGCUAACACUGCUUCUACCGCCAUCGGAGUUGAUGCUUCAGUCAAAGUUUAUUCGUGCGGACAUGUCGGUUGCAAGAAGCUGUACUUCAACGAGCAGCAUCUAAAAGCGCACGAAAAGUAUCACAGUAGAAAUGUUCCUUGGGGUCGUAAGAUAGCGUCACACGAGGAUAGGAGUAACGCUCCAGAAGGAAACAGCCAAGCCCCCCAAAGUGGUUUGCGAUUUUUAUUACUAAAUGAACAAUUGGAUAUUUCAGCCAAAAAGCAAGGACAUUCUGAAAUAAACGUGCAAGAAGAUUUGGCGAUCGGAUCAACGAGAGCCUUGGUAGAUCAAAAGCAGGAAGAAAGCAUCGUGAUCGAGGAAAAUGAGCCGGACUUAAUUCAGUACGAUGAAGACGAUUGCAUAGUAAACGAAACCUCACGACAGAAGCAAAACGAUUGUUUCGGUGGAGAAUAUGACGAUUUAAUCAUAGCAUACGAAGGGACUGAUUGUGAUGAAGAUGAAGUAGUUGAAGGUGACGCACAGCAAGAUCACUUUAUCAAUUCAGAUUUCGAUGAUGAGGAUAACAUAUUCGUGGAGGAAACGAAGCAGCUCACAUACUCCACCAAAGAUCGCAAAUAUGCUUGCGACUGGCCAAGUUGUGGAAAAACAUACAUCAAGGUAUCACACCUUAAAGUGCACCAAAGGUCCCACACCGGCGAACUGCCCUUCGAAUGUAGCUGGUCGGAAUGUAAGCAACGAUUUGCACGAUCCGAAACCCUUAACCGCCAUCUUGUGACGCAUACCAGCGAUCGUAAUCACAACUGUCGAUGGUGCGAAAAGCGAUUCUUCCGUCGGGAUCAUCUGCUGGCACACGUACGAAGACACAAUCUACCCAACAGCGAAAUUCAGCAACUGUUUCCUGGGGUCAAGAUAGCCAAAAAGGUUUCGAUUGGAUGUGAUAAACCCCCAGCAGUGAGCCCACCAAUGCCGAAAUCAUCAGAUACGGAUAAUCCAAUCGUUCCCGAACCAGAUCCAGGGCGAACGUUUCGUUGUUCAUAUGAAGGAUGCAACAAAAGCUACACACGCCAAAGUCAUCUAAAAGCGCACGAGUUGCUGCAUACAGGUACAUUGCCCUUUCACUGUCCGUGGACGAAUUGUGGAGCGGCUUUUGCACGCUCGUACGAAUUGUCACGCCACCGCCGGAUGCACUCGGGCGAGCGGAAGUUUGUGUGCCACAUCUGUCAGCAGGCAUUCAUACGCAGCGAUCAUCUGUCGAGUCACGUGAAAAGGCACACGUUUCAAGCUGUGCGAAUCGCCUACCGUGGGGAGAAUGUUAUGGUAAAACUGAAGGUAGAAUAACUGUACAGGAUGAUGAAUACCUAUUGUAAAAAUAUUAAGAUCAUAAUAAACGUUAUUUAUUGUCAAACGUUGAAUA